AUGAUGCUCUCACAUACUAUCCUCCAUGGACCUCGUAUCUUGUCCCCUGUUGCAGCUUCAGCCUUGAAAGCACGUCGAACUCAGACCUUCAGGGCUUUUUACGCUACCAUUCGAAGUCUUCGUCAGCCUCCGCCCACUGUCGAGGUCGAUGAUCUAGACCCUCCAGAUAAUGACUUUAUUCUCUCCCUCCUGAGGGCCAAUCCAUCCCUGCGGGAUACUAAAUCUUACCUCGCGAAUUUUGGCGUUCGUCCACCAGUCCCGGAACAUGCCGGCUCUAUUUUCCCACCCACUGGUCUCAAUGGUUCGAUGCCAUUAUUUCCAAAAGAAGCCCCAGAUAUAUCUGUCAAUAAACAACCUGAACAGGUUAAGCCUAGCCCGAGCCCCAUCUUGUCUUCUAUCUUGAAUCCUGUCUACCGUCGCACUGCUCUCGUAAAACUCCAGGGUCCGUUCACAAAUAAGCAGCUCGAUAGCAUCGCCAGGGGCAUGGUCUACCUCGAGACACUCGGACUUGUCAGCGUCAUCGUCGUCGAAAAUGAUCAGGUCAGAGGCGAUGAUGGCGAGCGCUCCGCUGUCAUCGAAGAAGUUAUGCGGGUUGUCUCCGCAUUAGAAGCACAAGGUGCCGAGGCGCGCCCCGUCCUCGGUACCGUUGUCCGACUAGGUCCUAAACCAGAUGAUAACCAGCUUCCCGAGCCUCGUGAUUUUAUUCCCCCUGAAGCACAUGUCUUUCCAUCGGACCUUGUCGCUAUCCGUUCUGCUCUUCGCGCCGGGGAGAUCCCCGUUCUUCCUCCUUUCGCCCUGGACUCCUUCUGCAGAUCAGUACGGAUAGAUGCUAAUGACGUUCUCGGGGCCCUUGCUCGUGGCAUGGUCGAAGCUGCUGCACUUGAUGACAAAGACAUGAACUCAAGAUCUUGUGAUCCUCAUGCAGACUACUCUCAAGACAUCAACCUUGUUCCUCUACGACUGAUGGUUAUCAGUCGGGAAGGAGGCGUCCCUUCCUAUGCCAGGACAGGUUUCCCUCAUCUCCUCAUCAACCUCACCUCCGAGUAUGACUAUAUCCGCGAUACCUACGACCCAUUAUGGUCCAAGGGAAAGCACUCUUCGCUUUCAAAUUUGUCCCUCGCGCGUACAUGCUUAGCGUACAUGCCGCCUACAUCAUCUGCCAUCAUGGUAUCUCACCGUUCACCCAGUUCCCUCAUCGCCAACCUCAUCACGAACAAGCCCGCCGUUAGCUCGAGCCUGCCUCACGCACUUCUCCAAGGUAACCGAAAGCUCACGCGGGACACGCCCACUCUUCUGCGUCGCGGUCUCCCAAUACAAGUCAUCCGCAGCCUUGCAGAUGUUGACAAAGCAAAGAUGAACUAUCUCUUGGAGACCUCUUUCAAGCGCACCAUCGAUGCUGACGCUUUCUACAAGCGUCUAGAACAAACCCUUGACUUUGUCGUGAUCGCAGGAGAUUAUGUCGGCGCUGCCAUCGUCACCAACGAGCCCUCGCCCGAUUCCUCUGAACCCAUCUCAUAUCUCGAUAAAUUUGCUGUAUUGCCCAGUCACCAGGGUGAUGGCACCGUUGACUUCCUGUGGGUCGCCCUCCAUGACGAAUCUUAUGGUUUGGGCCACCCGUUCUCCAUUAACCCAAACGGGGGCAAGGAGGGCAAGGGUGAAGGCCGAGACCUUGUUUGGCGGAGUCGUGAUAACAAUCCUAUUAAUAAGUGGUACUUCGAGCGUAGCUCUGGCCACAUGCGGAUGGGCUCGUGGGUCUUCUUCUGGUGUGAUGCUGAGAAACGUCUGAAAGUGGAGGAGGGACGCCGUGCUAACGCUGGCCUUUCUUACAUAGAAGAAUGGGAGGAGAAUCGCUUGUCACAGUGGACAGAUGUUAUCACCAAAAUCCCAUCUGUGUGGAAAUAG